AAGACUUAGUUUGAAAUAAAAUUGAUAUUACCCUAAUCAAAACAGCUGAGUGAAUGCUUUAUAAAAAUUUCGUAUAAAAGCAAAAGACUUUUUGUCAUCGUUGGAUGUAAAUGUAGUUUGACAACUAUUUACCAAAUAUGCAAUCUCAAGGUCAAACCCAACAAUUAUCGCAGCUGCAAUCCGCUGCCCAAUCAUUAUUACAACCACCGAAUGCAACGGGAAGCGUUUUAGUUGGAAAACAAAAUGAGAAUCAGUCCCUUUCAUCUGUUGGUUUACUAGAGUUGGCUCAUAGAGAAUAUCAAGCAGUUGACUAUGAAAGUGCAGAAAAGCAUUGCAUGCAAUUAUGGCGCCAGGACAGUACAAACACUGGUGUCUUGUUAUUGCUGUCAUCUAUUCAUUUUCAGUGCAGAAGACUUGAUAAGUCAGCACAAUUUUCUACCUUGGCAAUUAAGCAAAAUCCAGUACUGGCCGAAGCUUACAGCAAUUUAGGUAAUGUUUUCAAAGAGCGUGGACAACUGCAGGAAGCUUUAGACAACUAUCGUAGAGCUGUUCGACUCAAGCCGGACUUUAUUGAUGGAUACAUAAACUUGGCUGCUGCAUUGGUAGCUGCACGUGAUAUGGAGUCUGCUGUUCAAGCGUAUAUUACAGCACUUCAAUAUAAUCCAGAGCUGUAUUGUGUCCGCAGCGAUCUAGGAAAUCUGCUGAAGGCGCUUGGCCGCUUGGAAGAGGCUAAAGCAUGUUACCUUAAGGCAAUCGAAACAUGUCCUGGCUUCGCAGUUGCAUGGAGCAAUUUAGGGUGUGUGUUUAACGCUCAGGGGGAGAUUUGGUUAGCUAUUCACCACUUUGAAAAAGCUGUUACUCUUGACCCCAACUUUUUGGAUGCAUACAUCAAUUUGGGAAAUGUUUUAAAGGAAGCAAGGAUAUUUGACAGAGCUGUGGCCGCGUACUUACGUGCCUUAAACUUAUCUCCAAAUAAUGCCGUAGUUCAUGGAAAUUUGGCAUGCGUGUACUAUGAACAAGGCCUUAUUGAUUUGGCUAUAGACACUUAUCGGCGGGCCAUAGAAUUGCAGCCGAAUUUUCCCGAUGCCUAUUGCAAUCUUGCAAACGCUCUUAAAGAAAAAGGGCAGGUUAAAGAAGCUGAGGAUUGCUAUAACACUGCAUUAAGACUAUGCUCAAACCAUGCAGAUUCUCUUAACAAUUUAGCUAACAUAAAAAGAGAGCAAGGAUACAUUGAAGAAGCUACUCGUCUUUAUUUAAAAGCUUUGGAAGUGUUUCCAGACUUUGCUGCAGCCCAUUCAAACCUCGCUUCAGUUUUGCAGCAGCAAGGGAAAUUAAAAGAAGCAUUAUUGCAUUAUAAGGAAGCUAUAAGAAUCCAGCCCACAUUUGCAGAUGCAUAUUCAAACAUGGGAAAUACUCUUAAAGAAUUACAAGACGUCAGCGGAGCACUUCAGUGUUACACUAGGGCAAUUCAAAUUAAUCCAGCCUUUGCUGAUGCCCAUAGUAAUUUGGCAAGCAUACAUAAAGAUUCAGGAAACAUUCCAGAAGCAAUUCAGUCUUAUCGUACAGCCCUGAAGCUCAAACCUGAUUUUCCUGACGCAUAUUGUAAUUUGGCUCAUUGCCUGCAAAUUGUUUGUGAUUGGACUGAUUACGAUAUUCGAAUGAAAAAAUUAAUAAGUAUAGUUGCUGAACAACUUGAAAAAAACCGCUUGCCAUCCGUGCACCCACAUCACUCUAUGCUUUAUCCUUUAACACAUGACUAUCGCAAAGCAAUUGCUGCGAGGCAUGCAAAUUUGUGUUUAGAAAAAGUUAAUGUUCUUCAUAAAAAGCCAUAUAAUUUUUCAAAGGAGUUAUCAAGUAAGGGGAGGCUACGUAUAGGCUAUCUGAGCUCAGACUUUGGAAACCAUCCUACCUCACAUUUAAUGCAAUCUGUGCCAGGUCUUCACGAUCGUUCAAAAGUAGAGAUUUUUUGUUAUGCUUUAAGUCCAGAUGAUGGCACAACGUUUAGACACAAAAUAAGCCGAGAAUCGGAAAACUUCGUAGAUCUUUCGCAAAUUCCCUGCAAUGGCAAAGCAGCAGAUAAAAUUUAUAAUGACGGUAUAAAUAUUUUGGUUAAUAUGAAUGGCUACACAAAGGGGGCGAGAAAUGAAAUAUUUGCCCUACGUCCUGCUCCAAUUCAAGUUAUGUGGUUGGGCUAUCCGGGUACAAGUGGGGCUAGUUUUAUGGAUUAUAUUAUUACUGAUGCUAUAACUAGUCCCAUUGAAUUGGCUUACCAGUACAGCGAAAAACUGUCUUAUAUGCCGCACACAUAUUUUAUUGGGGAUCAUAAGCAAAUGUUUCCACAUUUAAAAGAGCGGAUAAUUGUGUGUGAUAAGCAACAAUCUUCUGUUGUCGAUAACGUAACUGUUAUAAAUGCCACAGAUUUGUCACCUCUUGUAGAAAAUACAGGUGUGAAAGAAAUUAAAGAAGUUGUAAACGCACAAAAACCCGUUGAAAUAACUCAUAAAGUCGCAGAGUUGCCUAAUACGACACAAAUAGUAACAAUGAUAGCUUCUGGACAAGUCCAAACGUCUUUAAAUGGUGUUUUGGUUCAAAAUGGAUUAGCUACUACUCAAACUAACAACAAGGCCGCUACCGGUGAAGAGGUUCCACAAAAUAUUGUAAUUACCACCCGUCGCCAAUAUAUGUUACCAGAUGACGCAAUUGUAUACUGCAAUUUUAAUCAACUUUACAAAAUCGAUCCACAAACACUUGAGUCUUGGGUAGAAAUUUUAAAAAAUGUGCCUAAGUCAGUUUUAUGGUUACUUAGGUUUCCAGCAGUCGGCGAACAAAACAUAAAAAAAACAAUAAGUGACUUUGGAAUUUCACCGGAAAGGGUAAUAUUUUCGAAUGUAGCUGCUAAAGAAGAACACGUACGUCGCGGACAAUUAGCUGAUAUAUGUCUUGACACACCAUUGUGCAAUGGACACACUACAUCUAUGGACGUCUUGUGGACAGGAACCCCAGUAGUAACAUUGCCAGGAGAGACAUUAGCCUCAAGAGUGGCUGCCUCACAACUUGCUACCCUCGGAUGUCCAGAGUUAAUAGCGCGUACAAGGGAAGAAUAUCAAAAUAUUGCUAUACGCCUGGGAACUAGAAAAGAAUAUUUAAAAGCCCUACGAGCAAAAGUGUGGAAAGCACGCGUGGAAAGUCCAUUAUUUGACUGCUCACAGUAUGCCAAAGGUUUAGAAAAAUUGUUUUUACGAAUGUGGGAAAAAUUUCAAAAGGGUGAACUCCCCGAUCACAUUUCUGCAGCGUAAAAAUCAGUAUAAUUGUGUCAAUUGUUGUUUUGACAUAAUAGUUGCAAACAGAAGAUGUUUAUCAAAUUUCAGCAUAAAAAUAAGAAAAACCAUUUAUAAUGUUGUAUACGUAUUUAACUUUUCUAUAAGAGAAAUGGCAUACCCAAUUUCAUUUAUAAAACUUUGCUAUUAAGACGUUACUUUUGAUUAGAAAUAAACACAGUUAUGUCAGUUAAAAUUAUAAGACUUAGCUUGUAAAAAAUGCUGGUAAUUAAAAAACUAAUAAAAUGAA